AUGUUCAUGACACUAGCGGCGGCGACGAACGCCGUUUCAUUUAACUCAAAGUUUCUCUUGUUUCGAGUUUGUUGCUCGGAUGCUAACCCAAAGCGCGGUUUUGGCUCCAAAAAGGAAGAGAAAGAUCCGGCAUUACCGCAAAGGAAAUCAUCUAAACAGUCUGUUUCUGUACCCAGAAAGGCACCUGGUCUGAAUUCUCAGUUUGAAGGAAAAUCUAGUCGAUCUUUCGAUAUAGACUUUGAAGAACGGCUAGAAACCAUUAGAAGGUCAGCUCUUGAGCAGAAAAAGACAGAAGUAGUUAGAGAAUUUGGUCCGAUAGACUAUGAUGCACCAGUCCAGACUGAUCAGAAAACAAUUGGUCUUGGUACUAAGAUUGGAGUCGGCGUAGCUGUUGUUGUCUUUGGUUUAGUUUUCGCUCUUGGAGACUUUCUUCCCACAGGAAGUGAUAGUCCAACCGAGAACACCGCGGUGGUCAAAAACAAAAUUUCAGAAGAGGAGAAAACCACGCUUCAGCAAAGGCUCAAAGAGUUUGAAACAACUCUCAAUGGCACUCCCCAGGAUCAAGCUGCUUUGGAGGGCGCAGCUGUGACAUUGACUGAACUAGGAGAGUAUCCACGGGCUGCUACGCUUCUUGAGAAAUUGGUUAAGGAGAGACCAACUGAUCCUGAUGUCUUUCGAUUGCUUGGAGAAGUAAAUUACGAACUUAAGAACUAUGAAGGCAGUAUCGCUGCAUACAAGAUUUCCGAAAAGGUGUCUAAAGGCAUUGAUCUUGAAGUCACACGAGGCCUCAUGAACGCCUAUUUAGCUGCCAAGAAACCAGACGAGGCCGUCAAAUUUCUUCUGGCCACUCGUGAACGUCUUAAUACAAGGGAAAUAAGCACAACAGACAGUGUAACAGCUGAAAAUGAAACCAAUAUAGACCCAAUUCAGGUGGACUUGCUUCUUGGAAAAGCUUAUUCAGACUGGGGACAUAUCAGUGACGCUAUAGCUGUUUAUGACCGUCUUAUCACUGAUCAUCCUGAAGAUUUCCGAGGCUACUUGGCUAAGGGAAUUAUAUUGAAAGAAAAUGGAAGCAGAGGAGAUGCAGAGAGAAUGUUCAUCCAGGCACGCUUCUUCGCACCAGAGAAAGCUAAGGCCUUUGUGGAUAGAUAUACCAAACUGUGA